AUGAAUGUGGGCUCCAUAUUAAAUGAUGAUCCGCCCCAAGGUGGGUCGCAGUCAACGACUCAAAAGGCUCAAUCGUCGCCAGCUUCUGACAUGCUGCGGCCAUCGGAAACUCAAUUGCAACAACAACAAGAACAAAGACAGCAACUACAGCAACCACGUCAGCAACCUUCCAGUCGUUCAUCUUCUCAAUCCGUGCAUCAAAGACACUCAAUUACAAACAUGUUGAACGACUCAACACAGGAUAAAGAUUCGGCACUUGUGAAGGCUACAGAACCAGUGCCGCUGCCACUGGUACAAACGCAACCUCCAAAAGAGUUUCGAAAACCUUUCAACUCAAGUGCAAUGAGCUCUCCGGUAUUGACACAACGACCUCCACCGGUAGCCGUCGGUAGCAGCAGUGCGAUUUCCAGUUCUCGAACCAGUCCCAACACUUCUAAACGAAAUAGUAUUGCCAAUUUAACCAACCCUGAAGAACCACCCACGGUCAAACGUGAAGAAGAGGAGGACCAUAGAAGUUUGACUUUUGAACCGGGUGAGAGAAAGACAAGUAAUGUACCCAUGUUGAAUCCCAACGAUGAUGAUUUGACAAAGAUCAAAAAAAUCAAACAAUCAAAUAAGCCCAAGAGAUAUGCUACACCACCAAUAUGGGCUCAAAGAUGGACUCCUCUGAACGAGCGUGGUGCAGAUUGUGCUAGUAAUGGAGUACCUAACGAUAGUGGUAAUGUUGGCGUUGGAACACGAAUCUCACUGAAACCUGUUUUUGACAACACGACAACAAAUUACGUUGAUCUUCAAUGCAGCAUCACUGGAGUCAUUCCACCUUCUUCAAUUACACGUACUACGGCCGAGUGGAUAUACGCCAAUUUCGCCAACAUUGAGGAUUCGAAUAGAAAAAAUGUCGAAUUGGAGUUGAAGUUUGGGAAAAUUAUCGAUAAAAGAAGUGGGAAUAGAAUCAACCUAAAUGUUAUUACCGAGUGUAUCUAUACAAAUGAAUCGGAUAUCCGUUUCGAUAUGGAGGUCGAAGAAAUUGCUUGGAAUGAUAUACGUAAAAUGUUUGAUGAAUUGGAAAAACGUUUUCAAGAGGAGAGAAGGACAAAUCCAAGUAUCAAGGACAAACGUAAAUUCAAUAUGCUCGAAUCUGAUCAAACAGAUUCGUUUUAUCAACUUGGUAACAAAAAUGAACAUUUGCGAAAAGUGAGGAUAUCAAAGGAUAACUUACUUGAUCCACCUAGGUAUACUGCCAUACAAAAAGAGCGUAUCGCUGACUUGUACAUCCACAAUCCUCAAUCAAUGUACGACUUGCGCCUCUCGCUUUCAUUAGAAGUGCCUGUUCCUGAGGGUAAUAUUGAAGCAAUAAUGUCAAAGAAUCAACCACAAUUGCAACGUGGUAAGAAACGGGUGUCAUUUACUCACACUCCAACAAUUACUCAGUUUGAUCUUACGCGAGUAAUGAUACCUCGCGAGUUUAAGAAUAAAUCUGGUAAGAAAGUUGUGAAUCAUGAGACAAAGUAUGAAGUGGAAAUGGAAGCUGACACACUGGCGAUAUUCCAAAGCAUUGACAAGGUAAGACAAGGAACUGAUACUUAUCGGUUGGAGGAGGAGGUUGAGAUAUUUUUGAACAAUGCAAGGGUUAUAAAUAAUCGGGUAACCAAGUUAGCAUUGUGA